AUGACUUCCGCCCCUUCACUCGCAGAGGCGGUCAAGAGCCGCAUCGCCCUCCCGCCAGGGCUUCCCAAGCCGAACCCGACCACUGCGGUAUGGCAGGACCCUCCGCACCCGACUGUCGCAGACGCGCAGUCGGCUGUCUUGCCCAAGACUGUCGACAUUGCCAUCAUCGGCUCGGGCAUCACCGGCUGCUCCGUCGCACACACUCUUCUCGAUGCGUCUCCCACCCUCCGUGUCACGGUGCUAGAAGCGCGACAGGCCGUCAGCGGCGCAACAGGUCGCAACGGCGGGCAUCUGCUAUCGGAUAGCUCAUCGUUGGUGCCCAAGCUCGUCCCUGCCAUCGGCACCGAUGCGGCGGGUGAGGUGGCGCGGUUCAGCGAGGCCAAUAUAGCUCGCAUCAAAGAGCUGGUCGCGGCUCUCGACAGACCGGAGCGAGAGGCAGUCGAGCUGAGGGAGGUUAUUGGCAGCGCGGCUUUUGGGGACGCGGAGACGCUGGCUGCGGCACAGGAAGGGCUCAAGAUCCUGGAGGAGAUACAUCCGGGGAGUGGCUUACAACACAAGAUUGUGUCUGCCGAGGAGGCUGUCAAGAAGUACAAGUACAACACGAGCAUUGCUGGCGCGGUUGAGCAGCAGGGCGCGGCCGCUUUAUGGCCGUAUCGUCUCAUCACGGCCGUCUUCCGUCAGCUUCUCGACAAGCAUUCGGAUCGGUUUAACCUCGAAACAAGCACUCCAGUGCAGUCCAUCGAGUGCACUAACGCCGAGGGACCGGAGUAUCCGUACACCCUCACCACACCUAGAGGUACGAUCCGCGCGGCCAAGAUCAUCCACUGCACCAACGGCUUCUCAGGCCAUCUCGUGCCAAACCUCCCCGGCCGGCUAUUCCCCAUACGCGGUACCAUGUCCACGCAACAGCCAGGUCCAUCCUUUGCCAACCUGGGACAGAAUGUGUCGUGGAGCUACCUGUGCAAGCCGAAGCUGGAUCAUGAGACGGGGGAGUUUUGUCCCGGCUUGUACUACGCCCAGCAAAAUGCCCGGACUGGCGCAAUCUUCAUUGGCGGCGAAGGUCAGAAAAUGGAGGACUUGCUGUCCAGCGACGACUCUGUAAUUGCUCGCGAGGCGCGUGAGAGUCUUUGUAACGUCCUGCCGCGGAUAUACGACGCGGACGUGGCGCCCGUGGGCGAACAAAAGGUCUGGUCUGGCAUCCUGGGGUUCACGUCGGACGGUCUACCGCUCGUAGGGCGCCUGACCGAGGACCUCACGGGGCGGGCCGGCGACGGGGAGUGGAUUGCCGCGGGGUUCAAUGGCCAUGGCAUGGACAAGUGCUGGUUGACGGGGGAGGCGGUUGCAAAGAUGGCGAUUGGGGGGGAACGACCGGAGGGCUUUCCGAGGGCAUUCAUGGUGUCACCCGAGAGAUGCGGGAUGAUGGGGGCGGAGCAGGCUCUCGAGGUGUUGCUCGGCUAG